AGAGAGAGAGGGAGGGAGGGGAGGAAUAAGUUUUUUUUUUUUUUUUGGAAGGGAGGCAGGAAAGCCAGUUCCUGCAGUCCACAAUAUAUGUUUUAAUAAGAUUUUGAUCUAGUUUGUUAUAGUACAUUUUUUAAUAUAUUCUUUUAAAUGAAAGAAUGGAGCUGCUGUGCUACGAAGUGGAUACCAUCAGGAGAGCUCGUCCAGACCCAAAUCUACUGUACGAUGACCGGGUUUUGCAAAACUUGUUAAUCCUAGAAGAACGAUUUUUGCCUCAGGGUUCUUAUUUUAAGUGCAUGCAGAAAGACAUUCAACCUUUCAUGCGGAGGAUGGUUGCAACUUGGAUGCUAGAGGUAUGCGAGGAACAAAAAUGCGAAGAAGAAGUUUUUCCAUUGGCCAUGAACUAUUUGGAUAGAUUUUUAGCUGUGGUACCAAUCAAAAAACGUCAUCUACAGUUGUUGGGGGCAGUUUGCAUGUUCUUAGCAUCCAAAUUGAAAGAGACUUGUCCAUUGACGGCGGAGAAGCUCUGCAUCUAUACUGACAACUCUAUCAAACCAGAGGAGCUGCUGGACUGGGAGCUGGUUGUCUUAGGAAAAUUGAAGUGGAAUCUGGCAGCAGUGACUCCACACGACUUCAUUGAACACAUUGUCAGAAAGCUGCCCCUUCCCACAGAGAAGCUGCCUUUGAUUCGCAAGCACACACAGACGUUCAUUGCUCUCUGUGCCACAGACUACAGCUUUGCAUUGUACACUCCAUCAAUGAUAGCAACUGGAAGUGUAGCAGCAGCCGUAUGCGGACUUCAGCUAGACGAUGGUGACAGGUCGCUUUGGGGGGAUAACCUUACAGAUCUCUUGGCCAAGAUCACCAACAUUGAAGUGACCUCUGGGUUUUGGCAUAAGAUACAAAUUAUUUCAGUAAAGGAUGGCCAAGGGAAUGUCUUUCAAGAAAUAAGAGCUGACAUUCUUGUGGAUUGCUUGAAGGCUUGCCAAGAGCUGAUUGAAACUGUUCUGGUUGAUAACCUAAGACAGGUGCGUCAACAACAGCUGGAGGAGCAAAAUGGCCGAAACAAGGCAGUGAAGGAAGUGGAUCAGUCCAGCACCCCAACAGAUGUCCGAGACGUGAAUCUCUGAAAGAAAAAAAAAAAAAGGCGACUCCAAAACAUUUGCUUGCUGCUCUUUUUUUCUAUAAUUUUAACUGAAAACAACAGCUUCCAUAUAGUAUUAAAUUAAUAAAAAUAUACUUUCAAAGAAAAAGAAAAAAAAGCUUUUUGGUGCAUAAUGCAGUUUACAGAAGGGAACCCCAACGUGCAUAUUUUGUUAAACUUGCUAUGUUCUUCUAAUUCUUCUGACUCAUAUACAGUUUAUCUAUAAAUUAAAAACUAUAUGGUGGGCAAAAAGGAAGUUGGUCGAAUAAGCAAAAGGUGUUUUUAGGUUCGAUAGAUAAGACUAGAGAAAUCAAAUGCCAUGAGGUCCCAUAUGUAGUUCGAGCUGAAUGAAAAUCUUUGUAGCUCCAUGGCGCCUGUAAAGUCGUGCACACUGUCAGGCAUGCGUCUGCGCAUUUUUUGUCCACAUUUCACUAGCGCAGUCUACAGGAGUUAGUGCCUGUACAUACGUAAAGGUCCACAGUGUGCCCGGUGUGUCUGCACGCAUUUGGCUCGCAGCUUCACGAGGUAAAUGUAGGUUAUGAACGUCAUAUAAAAGGAGUGCAAGGCAGAGCAAGAGAGAGAAAGAGGGAGGGGGGAGGCUUGGUGCAUUUGAAAUGCAAUUAAUGAGCUAUAUUUUAUUAUAUUUUUAUUACUAUUAUUAAAUUUAUUGUGAUAAAUAUAUUAUUUUAAUUAUUUUUUCAGAUUGAAACAACCAUCAUUGAGAACAUAUUCAUUAUAACAAUGUUUUUCACAUCUUCUCCUUACCUCUUUACCUUCAGCUAUAAAUAACUGAAUUUGUAAAGAGGAAGUGAAGUGUGAUUCUUUUUUCUUUUCUUUUUUUGCAUGCUUUGUGUGUUUCAUUUUUUGUUUAUGUGGCUCUCACAAGAUAGCAUAAUUAACUUCUUGUAACAUUUUAAAGGAGUUUAAACCCACUUAGCAAGCAGUAUGUGGUGUGUUUUUUUCUCUACGUACUCUUAUUUUUGAAAAUCUAUGGGCAGCACUUGGGGACAGUGAUCCUGCUUGACCAAUAACAGCUCAGACUUUUGGUAAGGCUGGUGUCACACUGUAAUUGGUAAAAAUGUCAGAUUUAUUGACUGCAGUUGCUGAAUCUCGUUGCUUCUGAUGGUGUCCAAUUAUGUGACUAGAUAUCGCAAGGGGUAGCUGAUUUCUCAGCUUGUGCAUGGCUUUUCAUCAAGGUUCCAAAUCUCUUGUUAUGUCAUAAAAGUACAGCAGUGUUGUCUUUUUUUGGCAGCCACUCAACAUGGAACACACGAGAAUAAACCGUAAUCUCAGCCCAUAUUUUUUCAUUUUGUUUUUGGUACAACAACAUCAAACAAGCAUCUAUGCUAGCUCUAAAGUUAGAUGUGCCUUCUCCUCAGUUUGUGUAGAUCUGCUUUGCUUCUUUCCUUGUGGUUGCAGUGUUCCUUAAUGUUUUGUAGGCAUUGUAUGUAUUGUACCUCUGAUUAAGUGCUGACUGGCCGUUAUUUUUUGCAGUCGCAAGAGCAUACCCCUAUGUGUAGCAACUCGCCACCAUCUGUAUAAUUUUGAUGUUGGCAAGUCAGAGAGCACUAUGACUGAGUCAUUGGAAGUGUCACACUACACAACUGGAAAUGAAGGGCAUAUGGUGCGAUUGUCUACAACUCGCUGUGGUUAUGUAAACGAAAGCGAUGAUUGAUAAUCUUUGGAAACAUGUGACGGUGUGACAGGGUGUGACGGUGGCUUAACCCAUUGUAUGAUGGUAAAGUUUUGUUACAAUAAACGACUUUCAUGAUCCAUAGGAUGGUUGAAAUAUUGGUUAGUUGACGGUACAGUAAGCUACAUUUUUUAGCACUUCCCUUACAGAGGGAGAGUAAAAUGUCAUUAACAGUGAGAUAGGCUGUAGACAUCAUUUAAUGCUGCUUUGACUCAUUUUCCUAACCAAAGCAGAAAACAUUUUGUGUGUGUUGUGUCUUCAUAUGUAAGAAAAAGGAUAAAACAGUUGAUUGUGUUCAGCCUUAUCUUGCCCCGGAUUUUAAAAAAUAUUACAGAUGCUGCCAUCAUUAUUAUUAGUAUUGCUUACUACUACUAUUAUUAUAUUAUUUUAUUAUUAUUGUUAUGACAAUACAUGAGGCACUGUAGGAUUAUGAAAAUUUUCUUUGGAGCAGUGUCCAUCAAUCCAGGGUUCUUUGAACCCUGCAGGUUAGUAUAUGUUGGGCACUGCUUGUUUUCUUAUUUCUUUUUCUCUGCUUAAAACCUAAAAAGACUAUCAAAUGCGUAAGUCACAGACAGGGAUACUGCACUGCCAAUACUUUGAUUUGACCUCAGUAAAUGCCCUGUUUUAUUUACAGUUGUAGGCCUCUUGCCGCUGCAUUGUAGUGUGUCAAAGAGAAAUCGAUUUUCCUUGCACUGCUGGUACAGUCAGGGUUUUAAUUUAUUUUUUUGGUUCCCUCUAUCCUUUUUUUUUUCAUUUUUCAUGCCUAGCAGACCCCCUCAUUAAAUAAAAAAUUUGCCCAGAAGGUGAAAAUGUUGAAAGUCUCAACAAAAAUAAUCUUGCUCAAAAACGGCACUUCAUAUUUAGUUGUUGUAAGCCAUUUUGUUAGACAAGCACUUUGAACUGAUUAUUCCUCAUAAUCCCAGCCCGUUUUUCCAAGGGGUAAGCGGAAUGGUUUCUAAAAAUUCCCUGAGGGAAAGAUUGGAAUAGAAUAAUCAUUAGUUGUUAUUUAGGUAAGUGUUUUGGAUUAUUUUGUUUAGGAGAAUGGAGCUGGGCUGGCUCCCCACAUGUCAGAUGCUGAAAUUGUAGCAGCUCUGGGAUUUAGUUUAGCACCUCUGCUGCAGAAAACAUUCCAUUUACAACAUUCCAAAAAUGACAUAACAUUUUUAAGAAUUCUAUGUGUUGGUUUCUUUCAAGAAAACCCCAUAAAAAUGGCUACGUAAAAGGAAGCUAAAUUAAUGCCAAUGCAAAUUUUAAGUGUUAUCAUUAUGGUUCGUAACUUGAUUUAAUUAUUUUUUUAUUGUUUUGUUAGAAAAUUUGUGUUUGUUUUACUUGAAUUGUUUUUGUUUGAUCCAUUAUCAUGGCAUUUAGUUGGUUAAAAUGAAAAAAGGUUGUUGCAAUUUGUUUAGUUUAUUUUUGCACAAUUUUAAAAAACCAUUUAAUUUGUUUUUUCUUCAAAGUGAAGCUGUUCAGAAGUUACUAUAAAAAAACAUACAAUUCAAUGAGCAGCCUGUACCUUUUUUGUUUGUUUAUUUGUUUAUUAUUAUUUUAUACUCAAAGACAUGGGACAUUAAUGAGGAUGGUUUGGAAUUAGAUAUUCCAAAGUAAACAGAGUGGAUGAAGUUAGAAAAUGGGUAAAGUUCUGUAUAUUUUUAAUAUUAUUAUUAUUAUUUUUUUGCGCUGCUAAGAAGCUAUGAUUUGUUCAUUCUUAUACACAUUAACAGUACUUAGCUGUAAUGUUUCACUGAGUGUGCUGCUAUUUUAUAAACAUUUGUAUAAUGUAAUUAUUUUACUGCAUAAAAAAAAUUUCAAAAUUCCGAAGUUGAUGGUUAGAAAACCAUACAAAAAUAGUGCUUAGAUAGACUGGAAAAAAAGCCAAUGUGUAGUUUGUUCUAAUAGCAUGUUACUCUUGUUUCUUGAUCACAUUCUGAAAAGACAAAAAUGUAUCACAUACCUCAGGUUUACUGGACAAUAAAAUAAUACAAUUCACUAUACCUCACAAAUCUACAGUUUUUAGGGAGCUCACAAAAAUGUUUGGGAUCGUCAUUCUGUUUUACAGGAUGCAUGGCGAUUCACACCACAUUAUUUGAUUUUGCUUCCACCUGGACUUCAGUUAUUUUACUUUGGUGGGGGAUUAUAGGGGGUGGCCAGCAGUUUGUCUUAUUGUCAGUUAGUGAGGAAGAAAUCAGAUGUUAUUUCAGUGUAUGUUUUUUUUCUUAUGUUUAUCCAAAAGUUUAUUUUUUUUAAAUAAAUUAGUUAAUUGUUUAAAUUGCUGAUGAGAUUAGUAAUGGGGUUUGGUUAACUUUUUUGUAUUAGAAAUAAUUUGUUUACAAAUUGGGAACUAAUAUUCUGAUAGCUUGCUGUAUAGGUAUAACCUAUGUGAAUAAGCAUUGCUGCCUGCUAAAUGGUCUAUAGGGAUACCUAGAAGAAAUUAUAGAUAGAUACAGGCACAAAGGUGGUACAGUGGUACUGGUUUCCUUCUUUGUCUGUAUGGGUUUUUUUUUCCAGUUUCAUCCCAAAGGCAUGAAUGUACAGCAAAUGGACGUUCAAUUGUGAGUGGCCCCCAUGAAUUGGUGCCCUGUCCACCAUUGGUUGCUGUCUUGUCCCGAUGCUGUCAGAAUAGGCUGAAUUGAAUUAAACAGGUUUCAAAAUGUUAAGUAAUAAAAAGUAUCUAUCGGCCAAGAACAUGAGAAGUUUGACAAAUGGGACAAGAGCGUGCAGUCAGUCCAAUGUGUUUGACUGAAUGAAAUGGUACAUCUCAGAAAGAGGGAGAAAAAGAAGGCCAAAAAAAAAAUUUCAUUAGCAGAGAUUAUUAAGUGUUCAAAUUAGUAAAAAGUUGCCAGGCUGUUUGACACCCCCUUUCCCCCAGCUAGAUAUUAACAUUUACCUCAGUCUCUCAGUUGCACAGUCUCUGUUCAAUACAUUUUUGUUUUAUCGAGUGUGAGUACAUAUUAGUCUAAUGGUAUUCUUUUCACAUUUUUUGCCUUUAUUUUUCAUUAUGACUUAAGAUAAAAAGUUGCUUAAAGGUGCAAAUAAAGGUGCAAAUAAAAAAAUGUGGUUGGGGAAGGAAAAGAGAGCUAUAGUUAGAAAGUGAAAAGGUAGUUUGAAAUGGGGAGGGGGGAUGUGGUUGGUUUAGGAUAUCACCAUUAAAUAGGUAAAAUCUCAGACUACUGCUGGCAAUAUAUAUAUAUAUAUAUAUAUAUAUAUAUAUAUAUAUAUAUAUAUAUAUAUAUAUAUGUGGAAUGUGUAUGUAUGUACAAUAUAUGUACACACACAUAUACUUUGUGUGUGUGUGUGUGUGUGUAUAUAUAUAUAUAUAUAUAUAUACACACACACACACAUAUAUAUAUAUCAUCCUGACAUGUUCUGUCUUGUCUCUAGUACACACAAAGAUAAUUUUCAAACAGCAUUUAUAAUACUUUCCAAUAUUUUGCCUAAUAAGCUGUUCCUGCAGUAGUCUGGGAUGAAAACAUGGUCAGUAGUAGGCUAAUAAUUGCAUGUCCAAGUAUUUUGUUGUCCUUUAUUGUUCAUUAUUAACCCAAUCUUCAGAACUGUUAAAAAAGAUGGAUUUUUAGAGAAGUGCUGUGAAGGAUUAUAGGCAUGCUGUAAAAUCAAUAAACUCAUCAUAAAGAACCUAAUUUUCAUGAAA